AUGGGUAGUGUUGUGACAGAGAAAGUGAAGCUUAUUGGGGCAUUACUUGCCUUGCAGUUCUGCUUUGCAGGAUUUCACAUCGUCUCUAGACUUGCACUGAACAUUGGUGUCAGCGAAGUUGUUUUCGCAGUUUAUAGAAAUUUAAUUGCCUUGCUUUUGUUGAGUCCAUUUGCUUAUUUGUUGGAGAAGAAUCAAAGACCACCCCUUACCGUAUCUUUACUGGUUCAGUUCUUCCUAUUAGCAUUAGUGGGGAUCACUGCAAACCAAGGGUUUUACUUGUUGGGAUUAUAUUAUGCUUCUCCAACUUUUGCUUCUGCAUUGCAAAACUCAGUACCUGCAAUCACUUUUGUCUUGGCUUUGGCUUUAAGGCUUGAGGAAGCCAAAAUCACAAGGAGAGAUGGAUUGGCAAAAGUUCUUGGAACAAUUGCCAGUGUGGGGGGUGCCACCAUAAUUACCCUUUACAAAGGUCCUCCUCUUCUUCAUCUGCAGAUGGACCAACUACAAGGAGACACUAUAGAAGUUGAUCAGUCUUCAACAAAAACGCAAAAUUGGACUUGGGGUUGCAUAUACUUGCUUGGACAUUGUUUAUCAUGGGCUGGUUGGAUAGUUUUUCAGGCACCUGUGGUGAAGAAGUAUCCAGCAAAACUAACCCUUACUUCGUUUACAUUAUUCUUUGGAUUGAUCCAAUUCUUGGUCAUAGCAGCCUUUGCAGAGAAUGACUUGGAAAAUUGGAAGAUAAUAUCAUUAGAGGAGCUUUUUAUCCUCCUAUAUGCUGGAAUUGUAGCAUCUGGCAUUGUGAUAUCUCUUCAAACAUGGUGUAUUCAAAAGGGUGGUCCUGUGUUUGUUGCUGCCUUCCAGCCAGUGCAAACUUUUCUAGUUGCUGUAAUGGCAGCCUUAAUUCUUGGUGAUCAGUUAUACACCGGAGGGCUUAUUGGUGCAAUUCUCGUUGUGCUUGGUCUAUACUUAGUCCUAUGGGGAAAAACCAAUGAAAAAAAUGUGACUGAUCCAUCAAUAACAAAGCCAUUGCUUAAGGAAGAGGAAGAGAAUAAAGAAACUGAUGAAGCUCCAAAAGAUAUACCAUGA